AUGUCCACUCCAUCAACAACAGUCCCUGAAGGAUGCCUCUUUGGUAUGUGCAACCCAUUGUUGGACAUCUCCGCUGUGGUUCCUCAUACUCUCAUUGAAAAGUACAAUGCUCCUGUCGGUGGUGCCAUCUUGGCCGAAGAGAAACACCUUCCUCUCUAUGCUGAGCUUGUACAAAAUUAUCCAGUAAGAUAUAUUGCUGGUGGUGCUACUCAAAAUGUGAUGAGAGUUUUCCAAUGGAUGAAUCAAGUCUCUUAUCCAACUGCUGUCUUUGUUGGAUGUGUGGGUGAUGAUGAAUAUGGUAGAAUUAUGAAGGAAAGUGUUACAAAAGAUGGUUUGAAAGUGAUUUAUCAAAUUACAAAGGAAAGACCAACUGGUACUUGUGCUGCUCUUGUUUGCGACAAUGAAAGAGCUCUUAUCGCUAAUUUGGGUGCUGCUGAAAAAUACUCGCAUGAGCACUACAAGAGUGAAGAGGUUCAACAAGCUGUUCGGAAUGCUUCCAUGUUUUACAUUUCUGGUUUCUUUGUCACUGUUUCAUUUGAGAGUGUGUUGGAGACUGCUAAACAUGCUUGUGAAAACAACAAGAUUUUCGCUUUCAACUUGUCUGCACUUUUCCUUAUUCAAUUUUUCCAUGACAAAAUGAUGCAAACUUUGCCAUACACUGAUUAUUUAUUUGGUAAUGAGGAAGAGGCAAGAGCAUUUGCUAAAUCUUUGAAUUGGGACGAAACUGAUGUUGCCGACAUUGCUGCAAAGGUAUCUCUUUUGGAAAAGAAAAAUUCAAAGAGACCACGUUAUGUCAUUUUCACACAAGGACCAGAAGCUGUUUGCAUUGGUGUGAAUGGAACUUCUCACAAGGUGCCAGUUAAAAAGAUUCCAAAGGAAAAGAUUGUUGACACUAAUGGUGCUGGUGAUUCCUUUGUUGGUGGAUUUUUGUCCUUCUUGGCCAAAGGUAAAUCUAUUGAUGAAUGUGUGAAGGCUGGUAUUUAUACCUCUUCCACUAUUAUUCAAUAUGAGGGUUGCACUUAUCCUGAGAAGCCAGAUUUCAGCCAAAUUGAUGCUUAA